GGUAAAUUAGAUUGUGGCGUUACUUCACCAUUCAUAUGACGAAGUUCAAUUUAUCAAAGCUCAGGAAAACACUUUCAAAAACCAAAAGAAAGCCUAGACAUCACUCUGGAAAAGUCGCGAAAGUAUUAAAACAUUCCAGAAACCCAGAGAAGAACGCCUUUGAUUGCUUGAUAAACGCUUCAAUGUUUCGAUUUCUGAAUGAGAAGUUGUAUACUAGCACAAGUGAAGAAGCAGCUGCCAUUUUUAAGGAGGAUCCUGAAUCAUUCGAAAUAUACCAUGAAGGUUAUCAACGCCAACUUUCCCAGUGGCCUCAAGAUCCUCUCAUCUGGGUCAAGAGUAAAAUUUUCGAAGAAUGUUCAAAUUUAAUGGCAAACUACAAAGUAGCUGAUCUUGGUUGUGGUGAUGGAAGAUUAAGUCAAUUAUUACCCAGUAAUUACGAAGUGUACUCUUUUGAUCUUGUCUCUGUAAACGAACGUGUCAUUGCUUGUGAUAUGGCUCAUACACCUCUUAAAAACAACGAAGUUGAUAUUGCAGUGUUUUGCUUAUCUUUGAUGGGAACCAAUUGUUCAGAAUUCUUGUAUGAAGCGAAUCGCAUUUUGAAAUCUGGUGGUAUUCUGAUAAUCGUUGAUGUAACUAGCAGAUUCGAUGGAAAAUUCAAUGAUUUUUUGAAAAAGUUAAAGCAUUAUGGGUUCGCUAAACAAUUUUCAGAGAUAACUAGUGAUACGUACUUUGUUCGUGCUCUUCUUCGCAAAUCAUCUUCUUGUUCCUCAGAGCUUGUGCACAGUUUACCGAAACUAAACCUGAAACCAUGCUCCUAUAAGAAAAGAUGAUUAAUAUUUGUUUUUUUGUAAAUUAUUUCUUUAAAUAUACACGUAUCAAUUAGA